UUUGACAGUUCAUUGAUAAUGCGGCAUAAUGGGCAACAACGGCAAAAUGCAAUUUUAAAACGUUGAUUAGUCGUAAUCGUCGUAAUUCACUCUUAUUAAUCAGUUUUCGGGUGUAGUGUAAAUAUACAACUAAAAUUGGUACAUAAAUAAAAUUUAUUACCAUGGAAGUAAAACAAGAAACGAGUGAGAAUGAGAAUACUUGUAAAAUAGAAAUAGAUAAUGAGACAUGUAUUGAUCCUUUGGAUUCCUUUAAAAUUGAAAUUAAAGAAGAACCCAAGAAAGAAAGUGCAUACGACGCGUUUGUUUAUUUAGAUGUAAACACUAAAGUGGAACAAGAACAAGAUGAAUAUAAAUUUACUCCAUUUGAAGAAAAGCAAACAACAAAUGAAGAAAAUUGUCACCAAGUGAAAAACGAAAUGAAAAUCGUGGACACGCUACACUCAUAUCAUAAAGGAAAAUGUACAGAUUGUCACCAAGUGGAAAAUAAAAUGAAAAUAGUGGACACGCUACACUCAUAUCAUAAAGGAAAAUGUACAGGUAAACAUGCAGAAGGAAAAGUAAAAGUUGGGACUGGAAAAACAACUUACCAAUGUGAAAUUUGUUUUAAGCAGUGUAAUGAUAAAAGUAAUUUAAAAGUACAUUUGAUCAGUCACACUGGAGAAAAACCAUACACGUGUGAAAUUUGUUUUAAGCAAUUUACUCAAGCAGGUGAAUUGAAAAGACAUUUGAGAGUGCACACUGGAGCAAAACCUCACAAGUGUGAAAUUUGUUUUAAGCAGUUUACUCGUGCAAGUCAUAUAAAAGUACAUUUGAGAGUACACACUGGAGAAAAACCAUACAAGUGUGAAAUUUGUUGUGAUCAAUUUAACCAAGCAAGUCAUUUAAAAGUACAUUUGAGAGUACACACUGGAGAAAAACCUCAUAAGUGUGAAAUUUGUUUUAAGCAGUUCUCUCUUAAAGAUAAUUUGAAAACACAUUUGAGAGUACACACUGGAGAAAAACCUCACAAGUGUGAAAUUUGUUUUAAGCAAUUUACUCAAGCAGGUGAAUUGAAAAGACAUUUGAGAGUGCACACUGGAGAAAAUCUUCAGAAGUGUGAAAUUUGUUUUAAGCAGUUUAUCCGUGCAAGUCAUUUAAAAGUACAUUUGAGAGUACACACUGGAGAAAAACCAUACAAGUGUGAAAUUUGUUGUGAGCAAUUUAACCAAGCAAGUCAUUUAAAAGUACAUUUGAGAGUACACACUGGAGAAAAACCUCAUAAGUGUGAAAUUUGUUUUAAGCAGUUCUCUCUUAAAGAUAAUUUGAAAAGACAUUUGAGAGUACACACUGGAGAAAAACCUCACAAGUGUGAAAUUUGUUUUAAGCAAUUUACUCAAGCAAGUGAAUUGAAAAGACAUUUGAGAGUGCACACUGGAGAAAAUCCUCACAAGUGUGAAAUUUGUUUUAAGCAGUUUAUCCGUGCAAGUCAUUUAAAAGUACAUUUGAGAGUACACACUAGAGAAAAACCAUACAAGUGUGAAAUUUGUUAUAAGCAGUUUAACCAAGCAAGUAAUAUAAAAGCACAUUUGAGAGUACACACUGGAGAAAAACCUCACAAGUGUGAAAUUUGUUAUAAGCAGUUUAGUAAAGCAGGUAAUUUGAAAAAACAUUUGAGAGUGCACGCUGGAGAAAAACCUCAGAAGUGUGACAUUAAAUUUGUUUUAAACAGUUUAGUGAAGCAGGUCAUUUGAAAAGACAUUUGAGAGUGCACACUGGAGAAAAACGUCACAUGUGUGAAAUUUGUUAAAAGCAGUUUAACCAAGCAAGUCAUUUAAAAGCACAUUUGAGAGCACACACUGGAGAAAAACCUCACAAGUGUGACAUUAAAUUUGUUUUAAACAGUUUAGUGAAGCAGGUCAUUUGAAAAGACAUUCGAGAGUGCACACUGGAGAAAAACUUCACAAGUGUGAAGUUUGUUGUAAGCAGUUUAACCCGCGAGUAGUCGUGCCGUUAGUUUUUAGCUCACAUUUUAUCCUUUUUCGCGAUAACGAAAAAUUUUGCAAUUUUGAAAAAAUUUCGUAAGUGCCUCGAGGAAGGGUGUAGUAAUGCGUAGGAAUUUUCUUCUUUUUGUGGAAUUUAUGGCUUUAGGGAGAGCCAGUUAGCUUUAAUAAUUGUUAGAAAUAAUAUUUCUAACAUUACAAGUAAAUAAAAAUACUAUAAAAUAAAAAUUUGUUGUAAAUUCGUAUUGUGAGAUAGAAUCUAACACGCGACUGUUCACGUUACAGAAGUGAGCGCGACUACUUCCGGGCUAACCGAGCACAUAGUUUAAAAACACAUAUGAGACUACAUACAGGAGAAAAACCUUAACCUUCAUCGGACGAGCCUCAAAAUAUAUAUUACACAAAAGACGUGCUGGGGUCUGAACGGACCCCAUUCUGAUAAUGAGUGAACUAAGCCUAUACGAAAAAGAAAACUAACAAUCAGUCCUGUGAUGGAUGACCGAAGUUAUCUUUAACGUUUGCGUUAAAGUUAAGAUAACUAUCUAUCUCCAUAACUAUUUACGUAAAUUUAGUGAGACGUAUCCGUCACCGUUAUGAAAUGAGUUAGUUCUUAAACGUUAAAAAAGAAGUAACAUUUGAAUAACAAAGUUUGAAGUAACAAAGAGAACCUUAUGUAGAAAUAGUACAAGUUGUAGUGAGUGCGAGAGAUUGAUCGGAACAUGGCACAGGAGGGGAAGAUAACCAUAAAAGCAGCGUUGCAAAAGUUGGUACAAUUGUACCAAUUUGAUAAAUUUAACAAACAAACUUUUGAUACUCUGAACAAAGUCUCCUGAAGUAAAAACCUAAAAUUUUGUGAUAUAAUAAAUUUGCUUCAAAUAACAUUAAACGACAUUUUUUAAAGUUUUUGUACAAAAUGUGUUGGUUUAGUACAUUUUGUGUCACUAUUCCAGUCAUUCCAGUGCAUUUACAAAAAUUUCUCUGGCAACACUGGAUAUAAGUAGGUAUGGUUCUACUUAAAAUCCCUAUGUUUAUAAAUUUCAACUUAAAAUAUAUUAAUCAUUCAACAAUUAUAUCUCGAUUUGAUUUACUUUUCAUUUUUAAUUGUUUUAAUUUCAUUAUAACCUACGUGCUUUUAAUUGUUAUUUGAGGUCUAUUUUUUGAUAUUUUUAAUUUUGUACUGCUUUAUAUUUGAUAUUAAAUUAAUAACAUGCCGCAGAAAAUCAUAGGACAACCUGAAGCAGCGGUCUUCGUUGAAUAUUUACGUGAUUUCUAUCUAAAAACAAGUCAAAAAAUGAACCUAUCCUUACAUAAUUACAAAGACAAAGAACUGUCAAGAAAUAACGCAGGUAGUUAAGUUAAAUAUGAUACAUCACACCAAUUCAAUGAUUUUAACUCAACUACAGGAUAACUUUAUGUUAUAUUUAACGUGAGUGAUUUAUCACAGGGCUGAAUACCUUUUAAUUUAAUUGUAUUGCGCUGUAAUAGUUUUAAGUUAAAUUUAAGAUGAUUUGUAUAAAAAUGGCCGUAAAUAAACAUUACAUUACAUUUAGCGUAAUAAAAUAAAAAAAAAAUCAAAAUGUAAUUCCGUACAGGUUGGAAUAAAUUUUAUAUCAAAGUUUAGGUGAAUACAAAAGAUAUUUUCAAAAAAGUAUCCAAAUCAUAUGAGGGAAUCAUUGUUUAAAUAAAUAAAAAGGGGUCAUUUUUGCACAAUAUUUACUUUUUUAAUUGCUGAGGUAAUUUACAUUUUAAAGAAGGUCUUUAGGGUUUUCUCUACAAAGCUGAAGGACAAAUAUUUCACCUAAGACUUAGUAAAUUAAAUUUGACCCCCUAUUUAUUUAAUUAAUUAUAUAU